UACACUUAAAAACAAAUAGAAGUCAGCAAUUCACUCUGUAAAAUUAUAUAUUAAAUCAUAAUUAACAUUUAUGUCUUUUAAGUCUAAUAAUAUUCAAAACCAACACAAUGACAGAUUAUUUUACUGGACAGUUAAUAGGAUAAGAAAUCUUAUUUAAGACAAGCAAAAAAUUUCUAAAUUAUGUCAUAUCUCAUAUCAAUAACAAAUUUCGAGGAAGAGUCUAUUCAAAGUUUAGUUAUAUACACCUUGACGUAACAGAAGAAAUAGCAUACAUUAGGCCUAUAUAGUAUUUAGCUACAAUCUUAUUUAGUUUAUAGAAUUGUAUUAUUAUCUAGAUUAUAGUUAGUUGCUUGUUUGAUAAGUUACACAGAGUCAGAAAGUGCAAAGUAAAAAAUGUCAAAGGUCAUUGAAAAUCAUUCUUUUAAGUGUCUAAUAUGUAAAAAAAUGUUUUCAAAUAAAUUGACAUUGAAAAAUCAUAUAUAUGUACAUACAGGUGAACGUCCCUUCAAAUGUUUGACAUGUGAGGAAACAUUUAUUAACCGAUAUGAAGUAAAGUGUCAUUUGUUGACCCAUAAUAAGUGUCCUUAUAAGUGCACCAUAUGUGGUAAAUCCUUCACAACCAAACACUAUAUGAUGAAACAUACAUUGGCUCACACCGGAGAGGGACCUCAUAAGUGCACCAUAUGUGAAAAAUCCUUCACAACCAGUAGCAAUUUGAAGAAACAUACAUUGACGCACACCACAGAGCAUUCUUAUCAGUGCACUAUAUGUGGAAAAUUCUUCAGAACCAAUUACAAUAUGAAAAUUCAUACAUUGAUUCACACGGAAAAGAGACCUCAUACAUGCUCUAUAUGUAGAAAAUCGUUCAAAACCAAAUUCAGUAUGAGGAAACAUACAUUGAUUCACACGGAAGAGCGACCUCAUAAGUGUACUACAUGUGGAAAGUCCUUCAAAACCAAUGAUGUAAUGAAGAAACACACAUUGGUGCACAUCAAAGAGCGACCUUAUUAUUGCAAUUUAUGUGGAAAAUCCUUCAAAACCAAAAAUUUAAUGAAAGGUCAUACAUUGGCUCACAUCACAGUGCGAUCUUAUAAGUGCACUAUAUGUGGAAAAUCCUUCACAACCAAUUACUAUUUGAAAAUUCAUACAUUGAUUCACACGGGAAAGAGACCUCACAAGUGCACUAUAUGUGGAAAAUCCUUCACAACCAAUUACUAUAUGAAAAUUCAUACAUCGGUUCACACGGAAGAGCGACCUCAUAAGUGCACUAUAUGUGGAGAAUCCUUCACAACCAAUGAUGUAAUGAAGAAACACACGUUGGUUCAUACCGAAAAGCGACCUUAUAAGUGCACUAUAUGUAGAAAAUCCUUCAAAACCAAAAUCAGUAUGAGGCAACAUACAUUGGUUCACACGGAAGAGCGACCUCAUAAGUGCACUAUAUGUGGAAAGUCCUUCAAAACCAAUGAUGUAAUGAAGAAACACACAUUGGUGCACAUCAAAGAGCGACCUUAUUAUUGCAAUUUAUGUGGAAAAUCCUUCAAAACCAAAAAUGUAAUGAAAGGUCAUACAUUGGCUCACAUCACAGUGCGAUCUUAUAAGUGCACUAUAUGUGGAAAAUCCUUCACAACCAAUUACUAUUUGAAAAUUCAUACGUUGAUUCACACGGGAAAGAGACCUCACAAGUGCACUAUAUGUGGAAAAUCCUUCACAACCAAUUACUAUAUGAAAAUUCAUACAUCGGUUCACACGGAAGAGCGACCUCAUAAGUGCACUAUAUGUGGAAAAUCCUUCACAACCAAUGAUGUAAUGAAGAAACACACGUUGGUUCAUACCGAAAAGCGACCUUAUAAGUGCACUAUAUGUAGAAAAUCCUUCAAAACCAAAAUCAGUAUGAGGCAACAUACAUUGGUUCACACGGAAGAGCGACCUCAUAAGUGCACUAUAUGUGGAAAAUCCUUCAAAACCAGUACUAUAAUGAAGGGACACACAUUGGUUCACAUGGAAGAGCGACCUUAUAAGUGCACUAUAUGUGGAAAAUCAUUCAAAACCAAAUACUAUUUGAAGACACAUAUGUUAGUUCAUACCAGAGAACAUCUGUAAGUGGUAAAUAUGUGGUAAAUCCUUUACAACCAAAAACUAUAUGAAAAGACAUACAUUGGUUCACAGCAGAGAGCGACCUCAUAAGUGCGCUAUAUGUGGAAAAUCCUUCAAAACCAAAACCUACUUGAAGACACAUAAGUUACUUCAUACCAGAGAACAUCUGUAAAUGCAUUACAUACGGGAAUUAUUUUUGCAUACCAAAGCUAUAUGAAGACACAUUCAUUAGUUCAAACAGGGAAGGGACCUCAUAUGUGUACUUCUGCUUGUGGUUGUGGAAAAUACUUCAUAACCAAUACUUCACAUAGGAUAGAGACCUCUUAAGAGUAUUGGUGUCUAGGGAAAAUUCCAUUAUCAUCACUCUCGUCCUCAUGAACCACAUGCUCACGAUGAAGGAAGAAUGCAUCCUGUGUCCUGUGCGAAAGGAAUUUCCGCAUUGCUCUUGCCAUUCAGAAUCAAUCCCUUACAACCAAUAUUAAAAAUUAAGAAAUAUACAUCAGUUCACAAAGGAUAGAGAGCUCUUAAAAAUAUUGGUGUCCAGGGAAAAUUCCUCCAUCAUCACUCUUGUCCUCAUAUAAUAAUGAGGUGGUGCACAAAAGCGUAGCAGCAAUAAUCAUUUAAAGUCAUGCAUUGCUAAGAUACAAAUCUUCAUUGUUCAUUCCAUGUUUUUAUAAAAUGGUUAGUUGUAUAUAGAACUGUUUAUUUUUUAGGAUAAUUAUUCUGAACCUAAUGUUUUAAUAUAUGAAAACUGACAACUUUGAUAUCAUGUUAAAGAACUUUCCAGAGAUUUUAUCUUAGUGUGUAUUGAUCUAAAAAGCCAGUUAUGUUAAGUUUUUGUAAAUUUUUCCAUUUCAAUGUAAU